UUUGUUUUUAACUUAAUUACUUUUUUUGGUUGGAAUUUACUUAAGUCUUAGCGGUAUCGAAUUUGAAAAGCAAGUGAAAGCGCGAAACUUAAGCCGUUGGCGCUUGCGCGAUAACGGUUCUAUUACCUGUAACACCUACAAGUCAAAGACUAUUUCACCUGCAAUAAAGUUCAUUGACUUCUUUGACGAUAUGUUGUGGUGUUCCUUCACAAAACCGACAAAUCGUAGCUGAAUCUGAUUCAAAGUAUACUUUGAUAGCCGCGAUCCGAUUGUAGAAGAUGCGCGAAAUUUUAUCAGUUCCAGAUGUUGCACAAUUCCUGUUGAUAAGACAAGGUGAACCACUCAACAGAUUUAUUAAUACUUAUUAUAUGUAGAGAGGAGUCGUUCACACACACACAAAAAAGUGUCUAUAUAUAUAUAAACGCAUAUACAUAUAGAGAGGUUUAUACAUGUGUGUGUGCACAUCAAACAACCUGUUCCCUGUUAUCUAUGUGGCAGAUUUACGCAUCGCCCAAAAGAAAGAACGUUUCCAGGAUUAUGUGUAAUAGUUGAAACAGCAAGAACAGCAAAUUAUAAUUGAAAGAACACCAUGCACGAGUUAUUCAUGCAAGUCCUGAAGAACAGGGAUUUAUCCCGGGCUGGAGAUCUCUUCUCAGUGAGGGACUCCAUCAUAGUCAAUGAUCUCACAGAAGUUUUGAAGGAGAUCACUUCCAUCUCUUCUCUAUCAGAUUAUGCACAGAACAACAAUGACCAGAGUGUGGUGGAGAUAUGUGUGACCCGAGUGACAUCCUGCAUCAGGGAGACAGCAAGUGUGGAGCAGCACUGCGAAGCUCUGGUCACUCUGCUGGAGUCAUGCCUACAUCACAACCUGCAGAUUAGUGCCAGAGGUGAGGAUCCACCUCAUGCAAAAAUUUCUAGUGAUAUUAUCUCCUGCAUAUUCCUGAAUUACAGCAAGAAAACAGUGAUGCAGAGGGCCCUUCCAGUUGCAGUGAAAUUCCUACAUAAAGGAAACAAAGAACUGUCAAGGAACAUGGCCUCAUACUUAUCCUUAGCUGCCAUAGAACAUGCCUCCCUAUUGAGUCCACAUGUUCAGCCCAUCAUGGAUUCCAUUAUUUCUGGUAAUUAUCCCUUAUGCAGAGUUUUGGCGCAAAUCUACGAGGUUUCGCCCGAUCCGCUGCAGGGACACGCCAUGGCUUUGGUCUCUCUUCUACCGCACUGUGAUAACCAGGAAAAAAUGGCUCUACUCAAUUUGUUUUCGUUAAUAGCAAAGGAUAAUCCUUCUUUACUGGAAGCUAGUGUGCCGCAGUUAUGCGAGUAUUUGGGAAGUUCUACAACUGUGAAUGCGACGCUACAGGUCUUCCUUAAUAUGGCCGAAAAGAAGCCGGCCCUUUUGGCUGAUCACGUUGGGGCUAUGAAACAGGCGGCGCAGAGGCAUCCGCAGACCGUGUGUUUGGCGGCACAAGUUAUUGGUGCAGUUGGAAAAUUGAGUAAAGCUAGAGCUCAAGAUGCUUUGAACUUCGUAUUGGAGUAUUUGCCGAAAGCGGACAGAGGCUCACAAAGCACAUUGCUGAGAGAGGCUACUUUAUUGUGUAGUUCGUAUCCUGUCUUGUUCACGCUAUUCACGGACAAAGUUCUAGCCGGAGUCAGAAAGCAGCACACAAGUACAAAUCAAAUAAACCAACCGGCAACUACUUCAGUGCCAACUUCAAAUAAUGUCACUUCGGGUGGAGUCACCAUCGUGAAAGUCGGAGGUACAAAUCAGAAUUCUACGCCGCAAGGAGGCUACACCCGGAGGGCCAAAUUGGGAGACUCUAGGAGUACCGGAAGACUGCAUACAGCCACAAACACGAACACUCAUAGGAGUAUGACCAGGUUGAACAUAGCUGGAGGAUCAGUCGGAGGCUUGCACAAAAGCAUGACCCGAUUGAGUUCUUCCCAGCAAAUCAACUCCAUACCUGUCCCACCCUCUUCGGCAAUCGCGGCACCCACGCCUCCUCUUUCCAAUAAUGUAAUCGUGACCGGUACAAACAAAUGGGGUAUCCCAAACAUGAGGGUUCUCAGUGGCGGAGUUACCGUCACCACCAUAUCUCCUCCCCGAAUGCAGCGUCCACUGAGUCAAGGCCCGCUCAUACAUUCCACGCCCAGCUCGAAUCACACGAAUCAGGUUUUGGUGAAUGCCAAGAACAAUGGAAGCAACGCCGUCACAGUCAGCUCAGUCUACUCAGGUCAAGUGAACGUUCUGAACAGUUGCACGCAGAAUAUCCAAGUCUCGAACAACAAUUUUGCCAUAGACAAUGCCACCAGCAGUAGUCAAAUCAUGGGCAGUGGUAAUGUUAACGUCAGUGGACCGACGACCGUUACAUCCCGCCGAGCGAACAAUACCAGCGUAACGCUACUGAAUCAAGGAGUCGGGGCAGCAGCAACUCAAAGGAUGAGCGUCUUCGAACCGUAUCCCAUGAGGGAUACCAUCCAGCAUUUCUGCGAGAAGCACCUGGACAAGAUCAAAAGCUAUAUGGACAAAGUAUCCGUAAGGAUCCCGCCUCCGGCCAAGUGCACCAUCGAGGAAAAGCGGCAGAAGAAAUCCGCCAAGUUGCAUUUCGCGUGUCAGGCGCGAGGACAGCACUGUCUAUACUCGAAGACCUUCUUCACGAUGCGCACUAGGAACCCGAGGAUAUGGAUACAUUUGAUGUUCAUCGCGUUGCAGGCAAAAUCAGCGCACGCUUUGAGCUCGAGGGACGCGUCGGUAACCAGUUUGAAACAUUGCUGGGAUAUGCUUAAGUGCGAGAACAAGACGUUUCUUACUUUGGUGACGAGCGCAUUUCCCUGCGCCAAAGACCAGGAAACUUUGUUGAACGAACUUAGGCAUUCCGGGUUCUUCGACGUGUUCCAGCUCAGUCCCGGCGUAGUUGGUGGAUCCGCUGAUCAGUUGGAGAGUGCCAAUUUCCAAUGGGGUUGUUUCUUAUGCACUCAUCCAGAACGAGCUGUCGGGUUCUUAAGAGGCGAUGCACAACCGGUAAUUGAAGGUCAGCUGAAGGAGAAAAAGGGAAGAUGGAGGCUAUUCAGGCGGUGGAGGACUAGGUACUUCACAUUAUCAGGUGCCCAUUUAUCCUGCAGAGGCUCAAGCGGAGGCGAAAGCAUCGACGUAAAUCAAAUUCGAUCGGUGAAGGUGUCGCGAGGAGCUCGAAACAUACCCAAAGCUUUCGAGAUCUUCACCGGCAACCAGACUCUGAUCCUUAAACCCAAGGACGGUAAAAACGCAGAAGAAUGGGUGCAAUGCCUGAGCAUAGUCGUGGCCCAUUCGCACGCGAAGGAGUUGCCAGGAAAGAGCAAUUCGCUUCCAGCGAGAGGCCUCGGCGCAAGUCGUACUGCAGUUUGAACGAAAAAAGAAAACCGAAAAAAAAACAAAUAUCUUCGAUUCCAACUCGGUAUUUUUUUUUCUUCGGUGCUAGUCUUUGGAAAUUGAUUGGUCAAAUUCAGACGAAACUGUCUUGUUUAUUCUCUUCAGCUUUAUUAUAUAAGUAUUAACCUCAGUACUUAAUAAUAAUCAUUUUUUGUACACACUAUUUUUUUUGUAC